CUCCCGUUUCUACGAAUCCGGGGGGUUGUCCAUCUUCCUAUUUCUCACGCAACCUCUCUUUAUUUAAACCUCUCGUCAUUGCGAGUUUUGAUGCUCCCGCGAAUUCGCUUCCUUCCCGCCCUCCUUUGAGCCGUUAGGGCGUCGCCGAGCAUCCUGUCUCUUUCCGUGCCACGUUCGUCGGUUCUCCGGCGAGGAAGAGUUUGUCCAAGCGAGACAUCGAAGAUGGCGCUCGUGGUGAUGUGCGGCCAGCCGUGCAGCGGGAAGUCGAUGGCAGCUUGUCUCCUCGCUGGAAUCCUCCGAUCGCAAGACCUCAAGGUCAGGCUCAUCGACGAGUCUUCUCUUCAUCUCGACCGGAACGUCGCCUAUGCUGACAUGACAGCAGAGAAGAACUUGAGAGGGGUGCUUCGAUCUGAAGUUGAUAGAUCUUUGUCGAAGGACAACAUUGUCAUAGUUGACUCUUUGAAUAACAUUAAGGGCUACAGAUAUGAAUUAUGGUGCCUAGCUCGAGCUGCUGGCAUAAAAUAUUGUGUGGUAUACUGUGAUACAGAGGAAGAUGAGUGUAGAAAGUGGAACAAGGAGCGUGGUGAUAGAGGAAAGAUUAUGUACAGUGAUAAGGUGCUUGAUGAUCUGAUAAGAAGAUUUGAAAAGCCAGAUAGACGCAAUCGUUGGGAUUACCCACUUUUUGAGUUGUUCCCAUCUAAAGAUGGGAUAAACGAAUCAUCUACAGCUGUCACAGAUGCUGUCUCUUACUUGACAGCAAAAUCAACUACUAAAUCUAGGGAUGUUCAUGUUCUCCAGCCAACUAUUGCUACUCAGAAUGCACGUAUGUCUGAUGCUAAUUCACUUUAUGAAAUGGAUCAAGCAACACAGGAAGUGAUAAAUGCAAUUGUAGAGGCGCAGUCUAAUGGGCUUGGUGGACCCUUAAAUAGGAUUAACAUUGGUCAUGGAUUACCAACUAUAUCCUUUUCUUUUAUGUGUAAUAGGCCUGUGGGAUUGCCAGAAUUGCGUCGGCUUAGGAAAACCUUUAUAAAGUUAACGGCACAGACUAGUUUGAGUGGGCCUCCUCCACCUUCAGAUGCAGACAGUGUCAAAAGAAUGUUUGCAGAUUAUUUGAACAGGGAAAUAAGGGCUGCAUGAUAAAGACACGUAGUAAAGUGUCAAUAUCUCACUUUUAUCCAGGCCAACCAAUUGGCAAAUUCUGGUCCGGGGCUGUCCUGCAUCUUGACAGUAAAAAUGAAGGAGCAACAGGCGUUUAGUAACUUAAAAGGGUUGCAUGUGUUUCUUGAUUGCUCAUGUAUGCAGAAAAUUUUAUUUUGUUUGUUGGCUUCUUUUCUUUUGCUGUAAUAUUUAUUCAAAGCUAUGCUCGAGCCAUAUGUACCUGUUCAAUCGAUACAUAAAAAUUGAUGCUACACAAUAUGCAGUCCUUCAGUCAUUUGACAGAUGAUGCUUCUAUUGCAGGAACGCAUCUGCUUAUAUGUUUGAAGGCCUGUUCGUAUGUAAACUUGCUACAAAGAAGAAAAUGUGUUUAUUGACUUGAAAAA